AUGGAACUAAAAGUUGGGGGAAAGUACAGUCUCACAAGAAAACUAGGUAGUGGAGCUUUCGGAGAGGUCUACUUAGGUAAUUAAUAUUAAAUUUUAACUUUUAAAAUAGCUAUCGAUUCAACAACUAAUGAAGAGACUGCCAUAAAGCUAGAACCAGUGAAAUCUAAGCAUCCUUAGUUACUCUAUGAAACUAAACUUUACAAGUUAUUGCAUGAUGGAGUUGGUAUUCCAAAGGUUCAUUGGUUCGGAGUAGAGGGUGAAUACAGUGUUAUGGUAAUGGAUCUAUUAGGUCCAUCUCUUGAAGAUUUAUUCUCAUAUUGCCAAAGAAAAUUCACCCUUAAGACAGUGCUAAUGUUAGCAGAUCAGAUGAUCUAGCGCAUAGAAUAUAUUCAUUCUAGGCUAUUUCUGCACAGAGAUAUAAAGCCUGAUAAUUUCUUGAUUGGAGUUGGUAAACGCUAGCAUUAUGUUUACAUCAUAGAUUUCGGCUUGGCAAAAAGAUAUAGGGAUCCAAAAACUGGAGAGCAUAUAUAAUAUCGCGACAAUAAAAACUUAACAGGAACAGCUCGAUAUGCCUCUUUGAAUACUCACUUAGGUGUUGAAUAGUCUCGAAGAGAUGAUUUAGAAUGUUUGGGUUUUGUUAUGCUCUACUUUCUAAUGGGCGGCCUUCCUUGGCAAGGAAUCAGAGCUAAGUCAAAGAAGGAAAAAUAUGAUUAGAUUAGAGAUAAAAAGCAAGAAACUCCUAUUGAAGAGCUUUGCUCAGGCCUGCCCGUUGAAUUUGCUCUAUACAUGAAUUACUGUCGAUCAUUGUAAUUUGAGGAUAGACCUGACUAUUCUUAUUUAAGAAAGUUGUUUAAGGACCUAUUUUACAGAAUGGGUUAUGAGUAUGACUACAUUUUUGAUUGGAUGAUCUAGAAAAAGAAGAAUGAACAAAUAGUUUUAAGAUAGAAACAGGAGCAGUAGAUUUAGCAGCAAUAGCAGGCAAAAAUAAAUUAAAAGUAUCAAAGCAGAAACCAAUAUAUGGCAAUCCCAGGCAACUUGUAGUAAAGAAUGACUACUUAAGAAAAUGUGAAAUAGUCUUCAAUGGAGAACUAUCAAGAUGAGUUGUAUCUCGAUGAGGAUGAAGAAAUAAAGUUUAAUAACGAAGAUGAACGAAUGGAUGUGUUUAACAUUGCUGCUUCUUAACUUGGAGGAAAUUAAUCUAAUCCCUCAUUUCUAAAUGAAUUCAGCAGAAUUUAGCAGCAAUAACAAAGAAGUGCAAGCAAUAACCCUAAUAAUCACUCCAAUAUAAAUAACAUUCUAAGCUAGCAGAAUCAUAAUUUGAUGUUCUCAAGCAAGUAAUUGUCACCCUUCUAAUCAUAGUAAUAAUCGGCAUUUGAUGUACUAAAAAAACAGGCUGUAUAUAAUAGCAAUCUCGGAAGUUUCAAUAACUCUAAUUAGCAAUCACAAUCAUAGUAACUAAUAGUUCCUGGUGUUCUUAAUUAAAGCCAAAGCCAUUAGAAUAUCAGUAAAAUGCCAUAUGCCUUUUAUAAACAAAACUAAAUGUAUCAAUGA